CGGCGCUACGCCACCGCCUUCUACCUGUGCUGCCUGCGGCAACGCCCGCACACGGCGCAGGACGAGCGGGAGGUGACGGGCUUCAGGUGGUCAUCACCAUCAGAAGCAAUUGAAUGCUUUAAAUCUCAGGAAAUGUGGUUUGCUCCUCCUCAACUUUAUGAAUUAUGUAGGCUGUGCAACUUUUCCUCACUUGAUGCUCUACAUAGAUUUGGUUCUGAUCGUGCAUUAGAAGGUUGUGAACGCUGGAUGUCUGUUAUGUUGGCUGCUUCAAAUGGCCAUAUUCAGCUAUUACCAGGAGAUGAGCUGUAUCCAGAAGAUCCAGAUUAUACAGGAGAAAAGAAAAUGAUCUGGUCAACAGAUAAGAAGGUUGAAGAUCUAAUGAAGGAGGGUAGUAGACUUCAUCGGAUAGUAAUAAAAGAUCUUAACCGUAUUGCUGUUUACGUGAAUAUCCAACCAAAAUAUAAACACAUCAAUCCAAUAUUGAUGGACUCUAGUCUAAUAGAAAAUAAUGAAGACUGCAAUAGUAGACUAUAAUAUGUAUCUGCUUUUUCAGUCAAUUUUUAAGAAAAUAUAUGUUUAUUUUUUAUACAUUUAGUCUUUUGUGACAGUUGCUGAGCAGAUAGUAUUGAAGGCUAAAGUUCAGCAGUACAGGCUUUUUUGCAUUGUUCUAAAAUUUACAUCAACUCUGGUAAGCUUACCUCUCUGGGUAAAAGGAAGGUUCAAACUCCUACUUCAUUUUAGAUCUCUCUGAAAUUGAAACUGAACAAAUGUGUCAAGUGUGAUGUUGAUAUGUUCAGUGAGAACAUCACCAUAAUAAGCUACCAACUUGAUUUUGUGGGUCAGUGAAUGGUAAGUGAAUGGCCGUAUUUGACCAUUCCUAAUGUUGUCCUGUCCAUCCUAGGCCACUUAUAUGCUUACAGUGGACUACAGUGAUGCAAUUAAAUCGUACUGUCUCAUUGAAAACAAAAAUGCCUGUCAUGUUCUGAAUUCAACAAGCUCUCUUUUCUGUGUUUUAAAAAGUUACAACAGAUAGUGAGGCACAUGGAACUGCAAUUUAAAUUUUCUAUUCUGUGACUGAUAUAUUUCCAACUCUCAUAUUUGGGAAUCUGAACAUCUGUGCAUUAAGUGAACUUUGUUAACUAAUGCUCAUUUAUUCUGUUUUUUAAUACUUUUUAUAAAUUCUGUGUUUAUGGUCAGUACAAUUUAGUUUAAGUGAGUUUCCAACACUCAUGAGUAAAACACUUUAAGGUUUAACAGCUUUUUAGACUUUUAAACCUUCCAGACUAAAAACAGCUUGUCUGCUGAAACUGUCAGCUCAGUCUGAUAGCAACUGUUCUCUUCAUUUAGUGUCAUACAUAAUUUAAAGAUUUUAUCAUCUAAGAAAAGAUUAAAAAUAAACUUUACUGCAUAGUUCUGAAAAAAAUACAGAAAUGUAUUUUACUGUGCAAAUGAUCCUUAUGAACAACUGAAGAAGUGUGGUGCCUUGGAAAUAUCUACUGUCAUGUUUAACUUUUCAAGUUUUGUUUUGUGACUUAUACCGAAUGUAUGUUGCCUUACAAUGUAAGUCUUAUAUCAGAAGGCUACUUUAGCUUCCUUACAUUUGGUCACCCUACACUCUGUGUGUGUGUGUGUGUGUGUGUGUGUGUUGCCAGUAGCUUUCUUAGAAGAGAGAUAUGAUAGGGGAUCUGUAUAAGAUUCUCUGUACUGUGCAUGGAAGCAGAAGAGGUUAUGAUUAAGGGCCAGCCACUAGAUCUGUACAGAGGGUAAGUUUUUUACAACUUUGAAAGUUUUAAAGUUUGUUUCUGUUGCACAUUGGAAUGAAAAUAAAACCUUUUAAAAUAUGUA